UUUCUUUGCUUUGACUGCUUUUGCGUUUCAAACAAAGAUUGAUUUCACACUGUAUUCUGGCUUCCUGUUUGUUGCAAUGAUUGUGCUAAUUAUAUUUGGAUUUGUAGCUAUAUUUCUUCCUCAUAACAGAAUUUUGAAUCUGGUCUAUGCUUCUAUUGGUGCUCUCCUUUUCUCUUUGUACAUUAUCUUUGAUACUCAGUUGAUGCUUGGAGGAAAACUUAAAUAUGCAAUUUCACCAGAAGAAUACAUUUUUGCUGUUCUCAACUUGUAUUUGGAUAUUAUUAACCUCUUUUUAAUGAUUCUUCAAAUAUUUGCCAAUUCAACAAGUGAAUAAUUUGUAACUGAGUUUAUAAUCAAUUCAUAAUCACAGUUUUUUUAAUUUAUAAUAAUUCAAGAAAUAUACACAAUUACAUUUUGUAAAAUUCUAAAAUAUAAAUUAUUAUUCUAUUAAGUGAUUUUACAAUGCAUAAAAAUUCAUAAAUACCACAAAACAGUUGAUAUAUAAUAAUUACAGAAGUAAAAUCUUCUAUUUUUGAUACCUUUCAUAUAACAUAUUUAAAUAAAAAUACAGAAUGUAAUUUUUAUAAACUGUUCAUAUACAGAUUUCAAACACUUGAUUUUUAAUAUGCAUUAGAUAUUUCAGA